UCGAGUGAACAGACGCCUACAUUUCCUACACAGCUAAUUCUCACUCCUCUCUCUCUUCAUUUUUUCUGCAAAUAUUAUUUCUCCUCACAUAUUGGAGAAGACUCUCUGUUUACAGCGCAUGCGCACUCCCAUUUUUUCCAUCCCUACUUUUAUCCACACCGAUCAUUUCUCUUUUGCUACGGAAAAUUUCCUCCACACAUUUGAAUAAAUGGAUGACGAGUUUGCCAAGCUUCUGCGCAGGAUCAAUCCGCCCAGGUGAUUUUCAAUUGCGGUGAAGAGCUUGAUAAAAGUAGAGGCAUCGUGCUCCUUUGGUGGUUAGGUUAUCACUGAGGAAUUUAGUGCCGGUUAUUAUGGGUUGUGAUUGAUAAUGAUGCUUGUGAGGAUGCCACUCUAAUACAGGUUGAUAGUGUCAAUAAGCAUGGAAUCCUCCUUCAGGUGGUCCAAAUUUUGACAGAUUUGGAUCUUGUGAUUAAGAAAGCGUACAUAUCAUCUGAUGGUGGAUGGUUUAUGGAUGUGUUCAAUGUGAUUGAUCAAAAUGGAAACAAAAUUAGAGAUCAAGAGACCAUCAGCUACAUCCAAGAGAGACUUGAAAGCAGUGAUGAUUUGGUUGAACCUUCUUUGAAAGGACUGGUUGGAUUGGUCCCUUCUGAAGAGCAUACGUGCAUUGAGCUAGCAGGAAGAGACAGGCCCGGUUUAUUAUCUGAAGUCUGUGCUGUCCUGACGGAUCUCGAGUGCAAUGUGGUGAAUGCCGAGAUAUGGACGCACAAUGAAAGAGCUGCAGCUGUGGUUCUUAUCACUGACCAUACCAUGGGUUGUGCAAUUGAAGAUCCAAAGCGCCUAGCAGCGAUAAAGGAGCUCUUGUGCAAUGUUCUCAGGGGACACAGUGAUCUGAAUUCUGCAAAAAUGACGCUUACACCACCUGGCGUCACCCACAGGCAACGAAGGUUACACCAGAUCAUGUUUGCUGACCGAGACUAUGAAAAAGCUGACAACUUGAUUUGUGGCAAUGCUCAUGCCACGAACUCCAGACCUCAUGUAAUUGUAACAGAUUGUGCUGAAAAAGAUUAUACGGUCAUCACCAUGAGAUCAAAAGAUCGACCCAAGCUAUUGUUUGACGUUAUCUGCACUCUGACUGACAUGCAGUAUGUAGUCUUUCACGGGGUAGUCCACACAGGAAGAACGGAGGCAUAUCAGGAAUACUAUAUUCGGCACAUGGAUGGGGUCCCUAUUAGUUCAGAAGCUGAACGAGACCGUGUGAUGCAAUGUCUGGAAGCAGCCAUUGAAAGGCGAGGAACUGAGGGUCUAGAAUUGGAACUGUGUGCUGAAGACAGAGUAGGACUUCUCUCCGACAUCACCAGGAUAUUUAGGGAAAAUGGUCUGUGCAUCAAAAGAGCAGAGAUCUCAACAAGGGGUGGGAAAGCAAGGGAUACAUUCUAUGUCACGGAUGUUACUGGCAGCCCCGUAGAUCAUAAGACUGUCGACUCUAUCUGUGAACAGAUUGGUGGUGGUGUUUUGCACGUCAAAUGGGACAUUAACUCUUCCCCAAAACCACAGCAGGAGAGCACAAUUAGCUUCCUUUUAGGAAGCUUCUUCAGAUCUCGAACCUUUUCCUCGUUUACGUGAUUAUAGAUCCUCCUCUACUACCUUGAAUCGAAAUUCUUACUUUGCUGGGUUUCAUGUUAGGGUCGAUGGCGGAACAUGGAAACAUAAGAAUAGUGUACAUAGAUGUUUUAUGGCAAUGGCCAUGUUCCUCAGGUAGAUGAAAUCACACAUACUGUCGAUAGGUUAGGAAGAGGGUUGUGUAGCCUUGUACAUGUAGUAUUUAUUAACUCUCUUCUGUUGAAGCUAAGGCUCUUGUAAGUAUAUAGAUGCAAAAUAUGUACAUAUCCAAGAAUGUAGAAGCCUUAAAUGUUAAUGAAAAUGCUUCUUGUGA